AUGGUCCUCAGUGUGGCCCAUGUCCUGCGGAAGCUUAGCACCUCAAGAAAGGGACAUGGGAUGCUGCGGGGUGCGCACAGCUCAGUGACGUCCCAGAACAAGAUCUGCUUCCUCAGCCUGCACGUGCCAAAAGACGCCGCGGCAGCGGUUCUCAGCGGGGGCAACGUCGCCCACUUUUUCCUGAAUGUCUCUCUUCCAGUGCUUUAUCUGGGCCAGAAGAUUCAGGCACAGGAUGGCGACCUUCCCAUUCCCACCAUAUCUGCCACGCCUGGCUUCCUGGUUGCCCGGAAUGAGUCUGUGAAAAUCCUGUGCUGUGGAACUCCUGAGUCUUACCUGUACCAACUGGAGCUCCUGGGAAACGCCACGUACAAAGUGGUGGAGAAGAAGCUGGGAUUUCAGAAGGAGGCUGAGUUCACCAUUAACCACGUGGGUGUAAACUCCGCGGGGCGUUAUCGGUGCCAGUACAGGAAGCAGCUCCGCUGGUCAGAGCACAGCGAAGCCCUGGAGCUGGUGGUGACAGGCUUGUAUGACAAACCCUUCCUCACGACAAAUCAGAGCCUUGUGGUGACGCCGGGGGAGAAGAUUUCCCUCCGGUGCAGUUCAGCACACAUCCCGUUUGAUAGAUUUUCACUGAGCAAGGAGGGGGGCGCCACUCUGUCACAGCACCAAAAUGCGGGACACCAGGGUGACUUCAUUCUGGGCCCUGUGAACUCCAGCUUCUCAGGGAACUACACAUGCUACGGCUGGAACAGUGGCAGCCCUUAUGUGUGGUCAGCCCCCAGUGAUGCCCUGCAGCUUGUGGUCACAGUUGCAGCUGGGAAUCCUUACACUGACCUACAAUUCUAGAAUCCACUCUGAGUGGUUGACUGGUAACUCAUGGCUCACGGGGACGACGCUAGAAAACUCCAUCAAGAGCCUCAUUUUUAUGUGGUUGGCAUACAUCACUCUGCCCAGAGGACAGGAGUUACAGCAGGGGAGGCAACUGCUGGCUACUGAGCGGGGCGACCACAUUUGUCUCUCACGUCUGCCUUGUCCAGUCAUUCUACAAGCUAAGGGAACACGAGUCAUGGCACUGCAAGAUCGUGUGGGCUAAAUGGCCUUCCCAGUUAAUGGUGCAACUGGGAAUCCACGGAGGAUGGGUGAAUUCAGUAGUCCUUUCCUUUAGGGUAGAUAGUCGUUGUGUCUUGUUUUAGAAAUCACCUGCUAGCCCAGUGCCAAGGUAAUCCGCUCCUGUAUUAUCUUGCCAAAAUUGAAAUCGUUUGCAUUUUUAUUUAGGAAUUACUUUGGAGUUCCAAAUUUGUAUCUGGGAUUGAUUUCUGUGUUUUAACAGGAGAGAUUUACUAGGAUUUCUGGGCUUUGUAACUUCACAGUGUGCUAUUACAUUCCUGAAAGGAGCAUAGAACCAUGAAGCCCAUAAAACAAAUGAAGACACUUUUAAAGGUUCAGAGAAGAGAAAUGUCUAGAUGGUCACACAAUAGUGGAGAUAAAUUUUACCUAAGUUUAUCUGAAAUGUUUCUCCCAUCCGCUUCCCAGACACCAACCAUCCUGUACCCUCUGUCUUGUACGAGAAAGGAACACAAAUUGUCAUGUGGGGUGAAGAAGAGUAGAGGAGAGACUUUCGGGCUCUGGAUUUAUGAAGAUGUUGCAGGGAUAUGAUUAGACAGUCAGUGAAACCCUCAUGUCUGGAGGAAUGGAAAGCAAACACAGCUUCCCUAUGACCACCUAAGAUUCCCCUGGGAACCACAGAUCCCCACCCUCGGACCCGGGCUUGAGAUGAAGUGUGGCCUCACAGAUGCACGCGCUCACUGAGGGGAGGGUCCCAGUAAAGCCACAAACAGGGAAAUGAGCUCCCUUUCCAGGGCUCUUGGGUGGGGAUGGAAUGGAACGUGACCAGGAUCAUUCAUCUCCUCUGAAUUAUGUCUCUAGAUACGAGGAACCACGAUUACAUGACAGGGAAUUUGAUCCGGAUGGGUGUGGCGGGGCUGGUCCUAGCGGCUCUCCUGGCCAUACUGGCUGAACAUUGGCGCAGCCAUCAGGUUCC